CCAAACACCCGCCAUUUCGACCACUCUGCCAAACGAAACUAAAGUUCCAAGAUAUUUUCCGAGCAAAAAGAGAGAAAAGACUAGAAAGAAAAUGAAAUGGCGUUAGUUCGCAAGGGUUUAGUAUCCGUGGCUAUAAGAGGUUUAAGCUCUCAAAUUAUGCUAAUCCCUUUUAAAUCUCAACGGUCGUUCUGCAACGAGCCAUCGUCUGCCGAUCCUCUUCUUAAGAAACUGCUUCAGGUGCCCAGCUCAUUAAUCAAGACGACGCUUGAUUCAGAUGAUCGUUUUGCCCUACGAAAUUCCGAAUUUUCCUGGAAUGCCCUUGUCGCCGGUCUCCCAUCUUUGUCAUCUGAGAAGGCUCAGCUGGUUUUGGAAUGGAAAUUAGAGAAAAUGUUGAAGGACAGUGAGAGAGAUUAUGAUCAAUACUUGAAUUUGAUGUCUCUCUGUGCAAAGACUCAAAAUGUUCCACUUGCAAUGCAUGUGUUCACUUCAAUGGAGGCUCAUGGGAUUAAACCAACGGCUUCUGUUUUCAAUUCCCUUCUACAUGCUUGCUUGUGUUCAAAUGAUGUGAUAACAGCAUUCAGCUUAUUUGAGAUAAUGGAGAGUUCAGAGGGCUAUAAACCAGAUGCUGAGACUUAUGAGACUUUCAUAAUUGGCUUUUCAAGUUUGGGAAAUGCUGUUGCCAUGAAAAGUUGGUAUUCGGCAAAAAAAGCUGCAGGUUAUUGUGCUACUCUACAAACAUAUGAAUCUCUCAUAUCUGGUUGUGUCAAAUCUGGUGACUUUGAUAGUGCCGACAAAUUCUAUGAAGAAAUAACGUCGAUAGGAAUAAUGCCUAAUGAGCGCAUAUUGGAGAAUUUGCUGGAAGGGUUUUGUAGACAGAGAAGGUUUAGUCAAGCUAAAGAGUUAUUGAAAUCUUUUCUGGAUGUUGGGCGGGGAAUUAGUGUGAAGAUGGCUGAGAAGAUUGUGCGUUUGUAUUCUGAAUACGGGAAGGUAGAAGAAAUGGAGGAUCUACUUUCAACUAUAGUGGAGUCAGGUCAAGUUGUUGAAGUUAUGUUGCAGGUGCACUCUGGGAUUAUAAGGAUGUAUGCCGCGUUAAAUAGAUUGGAUGAUGUAGAAUACUCAGUAGGCAGGAUGCUGAAACAAGGGUUAUCAUUUAGAUGUACUAAUGAUGUUGAGAAGGUCAUCUGCUGUUACUUCAGGAAAGAAGCUUAUGAUAGGCUAGAUAUAUUUUUGGAACAUAUUAAGGGUUCUCAUAAGCUUUCAAAAUCAACUUAUGAUUUGCUGAUUGCUGGAUAUCGAAGAGCUGGGCUUUCUCAGAGAUUAGAUUUGGUGAUAAAGGACAUGGAAUUGUCUGGGGUUUUAUAGCAUCUUAGUUGGAAAGACAGGUUCUUUUGCAAACAGAAUGAAACCAACAGUCUGUCUUUGGCUUUGACUGUGGCACUUUUGCUCAUUUAAGUAGUGAUUUAGGAUAUGCUUCCUGCACAAUAAUGCCGCAAGUCGCUAGCAGGUUUUCUGGAACCCAUCGAAUAAAACUGAGCUGACGUCUUCUGGAUUGGGACUAUUAUAUGAUGGCUGCUCAAUUAAUUGCUUGCACUAUACAUGCAAUAGAGCAUUGUUCGAAGUUAAAUUAAGUCAAAACAGUAGUGGGCUUGAUAGAGAUUAGUGAGUGUGUGAAUUGCCAAAGGCAGAGGAAAAUAUGUUAGAAAAUUGGAGACAUUUUCUCUUUGGUUGACAUCAAACUUUAGGUGCUCAUACUGAAAUUCUUUGGGGAGAUGAUCAUCCUUUGCUUGAACCAAGUCUAUGCUUUAGAAUAAUAUAUCAUCAUUGCAUUGGACAGGUUUCUGUGCAUGAGGUUUGAUGCAUCUGUUUGUAAAGGAUGGCCUAUACUGACCCUGGAGAUGAAUUUGGGCAGUAUAAGAUAAUUACUAGGAGUUAAUUGACGAAAGAAUUUCAAGAUGCCAGAGUAAGCUGUGCUGGUCUGGAUCCCUCUGCCUCUGCCUCAGCCAAAGUUUUUGAGCCAUGAGAUUACAAGAAAUGUGCCUAUUGUGCGGCUUUUCUAAGAAAACCAGUCUUGAUGGAUAAUAAUAGAAUGAUGCUUGAUGCUGUGUCGUUAUAAUUGUUCAGAAAGUAAGUGGUUUUCCUGCUUUUACGAUUAAGAAAAGCAUGGAUCUGUCAUUUUCUUCGUUCCUAAAAUCCCAUCAUGUGUCAUGAUUAUCAUGGGAAGGUUAUUCAUUGCUACUGCUAGUGCCGGAAUGGCGUUUGCAUAAUCUCCUCUUUUUUACGUAAAUUUGUCGUUAUGAGUUUUUAAAAAUUUAUGCAGAGCGCGCUUAAAUGAGUUGUUCAUUGUGAUAGGAAUAGCAUGAUUUAAUUAAUUUUGAAUCUUGUUAACUUGA